AUGUGGUUCUACCGUCUGUUUGUGUUGACCGCAGUUCUUCUUAAUGGGUCCGUUGGGACAGAGGAAGCUCGUACUGACCAGUUUAGCCCGUCUCUGUGCAGGCUGUGGGAGGAGUGUAUCAGGACUGUUGAAGUAGCGGAAACCGGAGAAGUUACGAAGCUGAAGACAGUUUGUGAGGAUGUGGCUGACAUGCUGAAGAAACGUGACGUGCAAAGCUGCGAUUUGCUCCUGUUUCCGGAAGGAGGGAAACUAGCAAACUACGAAAACAGAAUGGAUCCUGAGGAAGGGCAUCAACCUUCGUCUCUCCUGGCUUCCCUGGCUCUACGAAUGUUUGGUCGAACAAACUACUUUAUUGACUGUUCUCAGAUUCACACAGCUUUUGCAAUGUUUAGUGUUGCAACAAGUGGUGUACACGACAUAAAACCUUUGGGUAUAGACAGUCCUAUUUCUGUGUACUGUGAUCAGACCACAGAUGGGGGAGGGUGGACGGUCAUACAGAGGAGGUUUGACGGUACCCUCCAUUUUGACAGACCAUAUAAUGAUUAUAAGUACGGGUUUGGUUCGGCCAAUGGGGAGUACUGGUUAGGGUUGGAGAGUAUGUACCGCCUGACGUCUCACAACGCUUACGAACUAUAUGUAGAGUUAGAGGACUGGGAGGGGUGGUGAAGUACGCGAAGUACUCCUCAUUCUCGGUGGGGGAGGCCUCUAUCUUCUAUCGUCUGAAUGCGGGUGGGUACAGUGGAACGGCUGGGGA